AUGGCUGCUGUCAUUCGGCCAAGUGACUCGUGUACAAAAACUUCUGGCAUAACUUACCUCAACAUGCUAGAAGCAUCAAGAAUCAACUCUUUCCAGAUUCAACCGUUUGGUAAUUUUCCAUUGCGCAUUUUUCAAGGUUCAGCAUUGCUGUGA